AUGAAAACGGAAAGCACCGCAAUGCCUUCAUUCACCUCCAAACUAUUGGGUCGAUCGAGCUCCGAUAGUAAGAAAACAUCGGUGUCAUCAUCUCGGAAGAACACUUCAGCUUCGACUACCAAUACCAAUGGCUGUGAGAAUGUCGAUGAUAUCGAUGAAGUGGAUGAACAAGGUCAAAGCAUAUUACUGGGGAUUAUAGCACAGCUAAGACCGGGUUGUGACUUGUCUAGAAUUACUUUGCCUACAUUCAUUUUGGAAAGAAAAUCGCUGUUGGAAAGGAUCACCAGUCAAUUGCAGCAACCCGACAUUGUAAUGAAAGCCGAGGCUACCAGGGACGACUCCUUGGAACGAUUCUUACUUGUUGUUAAGUGGUACAUGUCUUGCUGGCACAUCGCACCGAAGGCGGUUAAGAAGCCAUUGAAUCCAAUUUUGGGAGAGUUCUUCACUUGCUAUUGGGACUUGCCUAACGGUGAGCAAGCCUACUAUAUAUCAGAACAGACGUCUCAUCAUCCUCCUAAAUCGUCAUACUUUUAUACAAUUCCCUCUUCUAAUCUAAGGGUUGAUGGAAUCGUGAUUCCAAAGUCUCGAUUUUUAGGAAAUUCCACGGCUGCCAUCAUGGACGGAGUUACAAGACUUUCAUUUAUGGAUAUCAGAGACCCAGAAACUGGAGAACCUGAGACCUACACCCUUACACAGCCAAACAUGUACGGACGUGGUAUUCUUUUUGGCUCUUUGAAGUUCGAAUUAGGAGAUCAUAUGGUUGUGAAGUGUCCUAGCACCGGUUAUGAAGCGGAUAUUGAGUUCAAGACGAAAGGUUUUAUCUCUGGCACCUAUAAUGCCAUCCACGGUGUCAUAAUUGAUACACGGACAGACGAAACGUUGUAUGAAAUUACAGGUAAGUGGAACGAGCAGAUGUACAUUAAAGAUUUGGACUCUGACGAGAAGAAGAUAUUUUGGGAUUGCGAUGAAGCCAAUCCAUUGAGACCUAAGGUUAGACCUCUUGAAGAACAGGGCGACUAUGAGAGUCGGAAGCUAUGGAAGAAAGUCACAGAUGCUUUAGCUGAUAGGGACCAUAAAAUAGCUACAGAUGAGAAAUUUAAGAUCGAAGAAGAACAACGGAAAGAAGCUACAGCCAGAGAAGAAGAAGGGGUGGAGUUUCAUCCAAAGCUUUUCAAACCGCUAUCGAUUGAAGAAUCAGUUGAAGAUGGUAACGAUAAGUUGGAAUUCAUCAUUUACAAGGACCGUUCGCUUGAUAAAGACUUUGCCGAGCAUGAUACUGAAUCCAUAAAAAAACACAUCUUUGAGAUGGCUCCGAUUCUUCCUGGCCAGAAAUUCGAUAAGCAGUUCCGUAUUCCUGCUUAUGAGAAGAUUGCGGACCAACCCGGAGAAGAGUGA